GCCGCCAUGCCCCAGCCGCAGGCUGCCCACGGGCCUGGGCGCGGCGGCCCGAGAUAGGGUCCCCUCAGCCUCCCGGGGGAGGAGAGAGGCGGCGGGCCGCGCGCUCCGCCCCCUCCCCCCGGGCUGUCGCGCCGCCGCCGCCACCUCGCCGCCUCAGCCUGGCGGGGCGGAGGAGGAGGAGCAGCAGGCCUCCGGGCCCCCCGCCGCCGCCCGCAGGACAUUUCUGAUUCAUUUGCAUCCUUGAAAAGCAUCUGCAGAAGAGGAAGGAAAAGAUGGGUGUGAAAACAUUUACUCAUAGCUCCUCUUCCCACAGCCAGGAAAUGCUUGGAAAGCUAAAUAUGCUGCGAAAUGAUGGACACUUCUGUGAUAUCACUAUUCGUGUCCAGGACAAAAUCUUUCGGGCACACAAGGUGGUACUAGCAGCUUGCAGUGAUUUCUUUCGCACCAAACUUGUAGGCCAACCAGAAGAUGAGAACAAGAAUGUGUUGGAUUUGCAUCAUGUUACAGUGACUGGCUUUAUACCCCUUUUAGAAUAUGCUUACACCGCCACUCUGUCAAUUAACACAGAAAAUAUCAUUGAUGUUCUAGCUGCCGCCAGUUAUAUGCAAAUGUUUAGUGUUGCUAGUACCUGCUCAGAGUUCAUGAAAUCAAGCAUUUUAUGGAAUACACCCAACAGCCAACCAGAAAAGGGCCUAGACGCUGGACAAGAAAAUAAUUCUAACUGCAAUUUUACAUCUCGUGAUGGAAGCAUUUCUCCAGUAUCUUCAGAGUGCAGUGUGGUAGAAAGAACCAUUCCUGUCUGCCGAGAAUCCAGGAGAAAACGCAAAAGCUAUAUUGUUAUGUCUCCUGAAAGUCCUGUUAAGUGUAGCACUCAAACAAGUUCUCCCCAGGUAUUGAAUUCUUCAGCUUCUUAUUCAGAAAAUAGAAAUCAACCUGUUGACUCUUCCUUAGCUUUUCCCUGGACUUUUCCUUUUGGAAUUGAUCGAAGAAUACAGCCUGAUAAGGUUAAGCAGGCAGAAAAUACUCGGACAUUAGAAUUACCUGGCCCAUCUGAGACAGGUAGAAGAAUGACUGAUUAUGUGACUUGUGAGAGCUCAAAAACUUCCCUGCCUCUGGGUACUGAAGAAGAUGUCCGAGUUAAAGUAGAAAGGUUAAGUGAUGAGGAGGUCCAUGAGGAGGUAUCCCAACCUGUCAGUGCAUCUCAGAGUUCGCUGAGUGAUCAGCAGACAGUGCCAGGAAGUGAACAAGUCCAAGAGGACCUUCUGAUUAGUCCACAGUCUUCCUCUAUAGGCUCAGUAGAUGAAGGUGUCACCGAAGGGUUGCCUACACUUCAGAGCACCUCUGCAACGAAUGCUCAUGCUGAUGAUGAUGAUCGAUUGGAAAAUGUUCAGUAUCCCUACCAACUCUACAUUGCUCCUUCUACCAGCAGUACAGAACGACCAAGUCCAAAUGGUCCCGAUAGACCUUUUCAGUGUCCAACUUGUGGGGUGCGAUUCACCCGUAUUCAGAACCUAAAACAGCACAUGCUCAUCCACUCAGGAAUUAAACCAUUUCAGUGUGACCGCUGUGGGAAAAAGUUCACCAGGGCAUACUCGCUAAAGAUGCAUCGCCUAAAGCAUGAAGGUAAACGCUGUUUCCGGUGCCAGAUAUGUAGUGCCACUUUCACUUCCUUCGGGGAAUAUAAACACCACAUGAGGGUUUCCCGGCACAUUAUCCGCAAGCCUCGGAUUUACGAGUGCAAAACAUGUGGCGCCAUGUUCACCAACUCUGGAAAUUUAAUCGUGCACCUGAGGAGUCUGAACCAUGAAGCGUCAGAGCUAGCAAACUACUUCCAGAGCAGUGAUUUCCUAGUACCGGACUACUUAAACCAGGAGCAAGAAGAAUCCCUUGUUCAGUAUGAUCUUGGAGAACACAGUUUCGAAAGCAACUCCUCUGUUCAAAUGCCUGUAAUUUCACAGGUCUCCUCGACCCAAAAUUGUGAAAGCACUUUUCCUUUGGGGUCUCUUGGUGGGCUGGCAGAAAAAGAGGAAGAAAUGCCAGAGCAGCCAAAGACCAGUGCUUGUGCAGAGGCAACCAGAGAUGACCCCCCAAAAUCAGAGUUGUCUUCUAUAACUAUUGAGUAAUUUCAUGGUUGGGCUUCAUAUUUGGUUUUUGGAAAGUGCCUGUGCUUGGUCUUGUACAUUAAGUUUAAUUUAUAAUUUUUUAAACAAAAAAGGGUUUGGGAAAACUUUCCCUUUUUACUUUGUAAGCCCUGCAUCUGAAAUUGUAUUUUUCGUGACUGAGAGGUUGGUUCUAUAAGUGCACAAUAACAUGAUGUUGAAACAAUAGAAAUUAUGAGAUUUAAGGAGACUUAAAAUAUUUAUCAGUUUCUCCUUCCAUUGUUAAAAGUAUGCUAACAAUAGAUCAUUAGACAAAGAAAAAAUCAGAUAAUUAUUGACCUUCCUGAGAUGAAACGAUAUACCAGAAACAAAUUACUAAACAGAAUGAGACAAAUAACUUGGAUAGAUAUUUGCUUCUAUACACAGGACAUUGUACAAUAUUUUAUAAAGUCUAUUGUUUUGGACAGUAUUUAUGGUAAGCUUUCUUAAAAAUUAUUAGGACAAAUACUUCUGGAAUUCAGUGUACUCCUUUUUUUUUUUUUUUUAAGCUUUUUCAUUUCUGUUAUGAUUUUUUCGUGGUGAAAAUUUGGUAUUGAGAUAGGCAUUUCCUGUACCUUUAUAGUACUAUUUCUCCGAAUAAUCUCUCUUCCAUGAAAGAAGGCAAAGAACCAUGAUAGAGAAUAGUCAAACUGUGCAUGAAAUGACCAGAAAUGGAGAAUGAAGUAUGUAAAUCCCGCUUCAUGAGAAUUCUUUAAUGCUGCUUUUCUGACUAAAAUUAUUGUUUACCUGAUCU